AUGGAUUGUAUAGCUGGUCAUCAAAGGCUGGAAAGUCAUGGUGCUAGGCCCCGCUUGGAUGGUGGGUUGGGGCCUCGAGGUCCCAUCUCCAAUGGGCCUCUUCAUGCCCGCCCACUUGUGGCCCUCCUUGACGGUAGAGACUGCUCCAUCGAAAUGCCAUUUCUAAAAGACGUGGCCACUGUUGCAUUCUGUGAUGCCCAGAGCACCUCAGAAAUCCAUGAGAAGGUGUUGAAUGAAGCUGUUGGAGCUUUGAUGUGGCACACCAUUACGCUUCACAAGGAAGACCUGGAAAAGUUCAAAGCCUUGAGGAUCAUUGUCAGGAUUGGAAGUGGUGUAGACAACAUUGAUGUUAAAGCUGCAGGGGAAUUAGGCAUUGCUGUCUGCAAUGUUCCUGGAUAUGGUGUGGAGGAAGUGGCUGACACGACCAUGUGUCUCAUUCUAAAUCUGUAUCGGCGAACCUAUUGGCUAGCCAACAUGGUAAAAGAGGGGAAGAAGUUCACAGGACCUGAACAAGUGAGGGAAGCUGCAGCUGGUUGUGCUCGCAUUCGUGGAGAUACGCUUGGCAUUGUUGGUCUUGGGAGGAUAGGGUCGGCAGUUGCCCUGAGGGCCAAAGCAUUUGGGUUCAAUGUGACUUUCUAUGAUCCCUAUCUUCCUGAUGGUAUUGAGAAGAGCUUGGGGCUCACUCGUGUCUACACCCUUCAGGAACUACUGUUCCAGUCAGACUGUGUGUCCCUCCAUUGUACCCUGAAUGAACAUAACCAUCACCUGAUCAAUGACUCCACCAUCAAACAGAUGAGGCCUGGUGCAUUCCUGGUGAACACAGCUCGAGGAGGGCUUGUAGAUGAGGCAGCUUUGGCUUCUGCCCUGAAGGAAGGUCGGAUCAGGGCAGCUGCACUUGAUGUCCAUGAGAGUGAACCUUACAAUAUCAAUCAAGGACCUCUGAAAGAUGCACCAAAUCUUCUGGCCACACCUCAUGCUGCAUUCUUCUCUGAUGCUGCCAUCACAGAACUCAGAGAAAUGGCUGCCAAUGAAAUUCGUCGUGCUAUUGUUGGACGAAUCCCUGAUUCCCUUCGCAACUGUGUCAACAAAGAGUAUUUCAUGCCUGGAGGUCCAUAUGGAGAUGCACUGAAUGGGGCAUCAGCAGCAGCAGCAGCUUCAGCAUUCCUCAAUCCUCCCCUGAGCUUGGCUGCUCAUUCCACAACACACCCGGGAGCGAUGGCAAUGCCUGAAACAGAUCGAGAUCGAGUGUUGAGCAGUGUUCCGACGAGUCUCUCGACGGCAGUACCUCCUCCACAAGCUCCAGCCCCUCCGCCUCCACAGCCAACCCAGCCUCCUCACUCUGUAGCAGCCGCUGCCGCUGCGGCUGCCGCCGCCGCUGCCGCCCAAGGCCAACAACUUCCGCUUAACCCGCAUCUGCAGCCUCAUAGCACGCAGGAAACUUCGAAUCACAUCACGUCGAAGGCAGAGCCAUCGGAAGUUCAUUAGCGAGCGGGACGUGGCCGUGGUGUUCUUGGGGGAAGAGUGUCUGUCCCUUUGUCUGAUUGCAUGAGUGGGAAGAGAGUUGAAUUUGGGGGAGAGAGAGAGAGAAUGAGAAAAAGCAUCAUCUGGAAUGUGUGCAAUAGGCCUUGGGACAGGACAUUGUGAGAACGAACGUGAAACAGACAAAAAAAUUUUUUACGGAAUCACAGUGGAAGGAGAGAAGGACGUCUCAAGAUACUCAGCUCAGGAGUGACAGGGGAAAAGGAAAAUAUUGCUGCAGAAAAGAGAAAAAAAUCACGAUUGUGAAACUGUGGACGAUGAAACAGAUACUGCAACAAAAAAAAAUGUUCUCAAGCUUCACGAUUGUCAUCCAUCAUCUUCAUUCGCGACGAUCCUCUGUCCAUCUCAAUGAUCCUUGUCCAUCUCGACUGUCCCUCCUCGUUCUCGCUCUCCCUUCUCGCCUGUUCCCGUCUCCUUCUGCUGUACCCCUCUCGUCUUGACUGGAAACUACAUCUGAUUUUUCUAUUUUUAUUUUUUUGAAGUGGAAAAAAAGUGACAAAUUCUAGUGGUUGUCCCAUUUUUGGAAUGUAAUCAUGGCCGAAACAGUGAUUCUCUUUUUUUUUUGUCUCUUUCUUGUACUCUGGUGGAUUGCUGUCUCCAUCAUAGUACAAUGUGUUUGUCAAUUCUUGUGUUAGAUAUUAGUAAAAAGGAGGAAAGACAAACACCACGCGUGAAUUUCAUUUCGUCCCCAGUUCGAGCAUGCCUUUCCUUGCAUGAAACCUGAGGGAUUCGAGAAUUUUCACAUUUUGUCUUUGUUAUCGGUCGAUGUUGUCAAACUUCCCAGGGGGGACCAUUUGGCUGAUUUUUUGCACGCAUGAAAAUCCGGC